GAAACCUUCGCAAAUGGGCGGGGGAGACGCCGUCUUCGGCGAACUGCUGCCGUAUGUUGGGUUUGCGUACUGUUACACCGGAACAAAUGAAGAGCGCCAGGAGGGCACACCGUUCAUCGAGGACGAAGUGCGCUCAAGAUACAAGGUAUAA